ACGCUCUCACAAGCCCACCCCUCCAGGGGAUAGUGUUUAUAUGUCAAAGGAGAUGUAGUCGAGCUCAGUGAGUCGGGUUUAAUGUGGAAAUUCGAGCCUAAAAUGUGAUGCUAUUACACAGGAAGACAUUCAGUAAUGUCUGGUUGUUCUAACUAUGCUGAGAAUUUGUGGAAAAAAGGAAAAUGUUCGAACUGCUUUCGCUCCAAAGAUCAGCACAGUGUUGUCACGAAAGACGGUGUGCUCCAAAAUGGCGAAACCACUUUGUCAAAACCUUACCACGAAGGCUUGAAAAAUAUAACUCCUGAAACAAACGGACACUCAACUAAUAGAGGGCAAACAGCUUCAAAGGUUAGCGUUGAUGGAAGGGGAUUUAUUUUAAGAAAAAACUCAAAUUCUGGAAAUAUCUUGGAGACCAGAGACUCUGAUCUAACAAAGGGAGCACUUCCUUCUUACCAAACGACUCGUCCAAAUGAUUCAAACAACAAGAGCUCGGUCGUUUUAAAAGGAGACAUUGAUGACUUAGAGACUGUAGAUAGGCCUAAACCUAUUCCUAGAUAUAAACCAAGGAGUUCUUCAAAAAAUUCGAGUUUUGAUGAAGAUAUUUUUGAGGAUUCCUCGCCGGCGAAAAGAGUGAGCGGGACAACGAAUAAGGCCAUUAAAUCAAAUAUUGCUAGUCCAGACAUAUUUUCAGGAAAUUCAGCUAAGUCUCAUUCAAAACAGAUAAAAUCCGGUAGGAAAUUUCCAUCAAAAGACAGCGACAUUUCGACAAUGGAAGGCGAGCCCAAGGACGAACCGAUUAGCACGAACAAUGCAAAGAACAGGCAAACUAAGGACCCUGGACCCACUACGUCUGAAGGGACAGACGCUGAGUACAUGCCUAUGAACAAUAAUGUUUGUCAAGAAGUUUGUAAUCUGAAUAAUUCUCAAGAUGUCAGGGUCGAAGGCAUAAAGAUUACAUCUCCAAACUCUAGCAAGAGAGAUGACAAGUCUGAGGGGAAUAAAAAUAAAAAUGACACUAUGGGCAACACAAAUAAACAAGACAGUGAUGAAAGGUUUAAUAAUAUUAGUGAGAUUUCAUCCUCCAGUCCGUCAAACUUGGGCAGUGAAGCGAAAAACAGCCUUAAAUGUGAAAAAGAGUCUUUAAACUCAGAACCAUAUUAUGAAAACCAAUCCAGCGUAGAAAAAGAUCGCUCCAACUCGACUAGUUCCGAAAAAUCGCUGAGUAAGUUCCCUACGAGUAUCACUUCUCCAUCAGACCGACCAGAAAGCAUUGCUUUCAGAGUGCAAGUUGACAUUGAAGAGAUAAGGGCUUCAUCAAUAUUUGAAGACAUCAUUGUAGAAUCAAGUGGUAGCUCAUCUCAAUCCAUUGAAAGUAAUUGUGAUGCUACAGCAGAAAAUACUGCAAUGUCGACAACAAUUGAACCUAUUAUCAACGACCAAGGCAUGAAAAGGCAUUCAAACCCUGAUGUUACCAAGCUGGUAGAAGGUCCUGAGUAUACUAACUCAUCGGUCAAACCACAAACCAAACCUUAUAAGGUAGUCGACAUUAGCGGAGGAGUAUUAGUCCAUGAGAAUGAGGGGGAUAAUGCCAAUAUACCACCUCUACCUCCUAAGGAAAAAGACCGACAAAAGGAGACAUCAGGACCUGACCAUUAUUACUAUGAGCCUCCUGAUGACAUUGUACCUGACUACAAGAAGUUAACCCCCUUGAAUACAGAACCACCGCCACCACCCGUAAUUAUAAAGAAAGAUGCUACUGUACCAUCUUCUCUCAAAUCUAUGCCUGUACCUCGUCCACGGUCAUCAUACAGCAGCUCUACUCUACCYAGACCACUACCAAGAUCAACUAAACCAGGACUUGAUGUCAAAGAACAAUCCAUUCGACCAGUCUCACAAGUUGUUACUCGACCGACWAACACAGAGGCCCCCAGACCACCCUCCACGAGUUCUAUACCGUCACGAAAACCUGUGACCGAAGUAUCCCCACCCACCUCCCCCACAGACAAUCAUGUUCGGUCCUCACCUGAGCGUAAAGAAAGCAAUGUAUCGCUUGAUCAAAAGGACACGACUAUCAAACCCAAACGUAGCGCUCCACCACCACCGCUUCUAGCGGUCAACACAAGUCAACACGGCACCAGAUCACCAACGCCCACCGAUCCACGCAAAGAAUCCCCACAAACUACCCCAACCCCCUCCCCCUCRAGAGUUGAGCAGCCAUCACACUCUAAAGGUACUCUUCAGCAUGCUAAGAGUCAAGGCAGGUCGACCAUCAAGAGAGCUCUUUCSUCGUGGAAACGGUUGAGUGGCCGCAGGAAAAAUAARAGAAAACUUGACAUUAGCAGUCCAGUGAUUAUGAGCGAAGAAAGCGAUAGUACAGAGACUGGGGACGACUCYGCAGUUUGCACGUCAAUUAAAGAAAGAAAGCGAGCAAGCACCAUCGAAGAACAACAAGAACAGGAAUCACCUAAUAGAAGUACUAGCAGCGAGUCUAACGAUGAUACAGUUCCWUUGCCMAGUAGUAAACCAGGUCGUCCCUAUCAGAACUUCCCUUUCUCAAAAAGCCAUGUGGAAAAACCUGUCAAACCAGACAGACAGGCUAAAGUAAAACCGGUUUUACAAGUUAAACCAGAAGUGAAACAGAGCCURAAUAAUCAAAGUCAAGGAUUGGAAUCCCCGGCAUACUUGGAGCCCUGUACCGGGGAUUUAACACUGAAGGUUGAAGCCGCUUUAGCGAAUCUAAACGAUGCAAAGAUCCUUGCAGARACUUUAACGAGAGUCGAACAAGAAAAGUUAGGUCCUCUUCCUCAAGUUCCACGAUCAAGACAUGUGCAUUUUAGAUUCAACGAGACUAGUCGCCCUGUUGCUGGUGUAGCUCCAACUGUUGUUAACGGUAGYAAACCUAAGCAUCCCUCAAGACCUCCCAGCACUCAUGAUGACUUUAGAACUCGGUCUCAGAGCUUAAUAGUAAAAAGUCGAGGAGAGUCUAUUGGUCGAACAAGAAGCAGCUCUACACAAGAAAAUACAAUGAGGAAACGAUAUGAUAAGAUACUUGAACUACAUCGACAAACAUUACAAGACAUGAUAGAUAGCAGCAAAGAACAACUAUUACCAGGUGAUACUAUUGACAUAUCAAACACAAGAUGGAAUGAUUAUGAAGUGUGUGGUCCCCCCCUGACUAUURCAAGUCCAGGUGCUGUAUUAGUACCAGUUGUUGUUCCACGGGUUGAUGAAGAACUAGUUCUGUUGGCCAAGGUUAAGAUUCCCAAGUCUGUAACUGAGGACAUGUCUCAACGUACUGCAUUCAUGCAAGACAUGGCCACCACUGUAUCGCUUCCAUUUCACGCUAACGUUUCACGGACCAUCACCCACUUUACCGAUCACCUUCCUGCUGACCUUUUUGGCRUCAAAUCACCUUCGAACUUUGAGACGUUAGUAACAAUUACUGACCAACUACCCGUAGAGACUGUCCAGGAAUUCCAGGAACGAACUGCCAGGGAACAUCUGGAGCUUCCGGAUGAAUAUGAACGUAAAGUAUGUAUCUUAAUGCUGCAAGUGCUUAGUGCUCUYGAUCAUCUACACCAGGAAGGCUUGGUUCAUAGGGCCCUGUUACCUAGCAACUUACUACUACUCGAUUAUGGUCACCUUAUUGUCUCKAACUUUAGUCACAUGCUGCAAAACUCCGGGGSAGACAACUCAUCUUCACAGUUCCACUACACCAAAGAUAGUAUAGGAAAUACAAURGGAGGAGACCCAAACAGGAUCCCCCCUGAAAUUCAAAAGGCWUUCARUGACGGCAAAGUAAUGGACUUCGAGAAAUGCGAUUCCUUUUCUGCUGGUUGCUUAAUAUAUGAACUCCUACAUCAARCUAACCCGUUUGCAGCCGACCCYAGUCUUCUAACACGUGACUACACUAUUCUAGACCUACCRGUUCUCUCAGAUGUAUCUCGGUUCACUAGUGGACUUGCCGCUCUUGCCUCAGGMCUCUUACAGCGCGAACCUUCACUGCGCAUGCUCCCCAGAGAUGCCCUGAAACUUUUGCAAGCUUUUAUGUUUGGACCAGAGGACUUAGAWGAAACCUGUUUGGAAUUGUCGGCUGGUGAUUGGCUAGAGACGGAACGCGCCCAUGCAGUGAUUGACAUUGCUCGUACCCAGGCCCACAGCGCGGUCACUGGUGGAGAGGAAGUACUGGAAAACUUCUUAAAAUACCAGUAUCUAGUGAAUCUAACCGAGUACGAUGUAGUAGAAGGUUAUAAGGCAUUAAUGCCUACAGCAUCGCAAGCAUGAUUAGUUAUUUAAAAGGUAAUUUAUUUAUAUUGCAUGAUAGUUCUAAACAAUGAAGACAGUAUGGCACACGUUCGCAGGGUAAACAGGUUUAAAAAUCACGCUAAAAUCAUCCAAAUUGUCGGCAUUUUUUAUUUUUAUUGUGAAUUACUUAACCUGACAUGCUGUGCCAAUACAGAAAUAUUUACAUUGAAUGUGAAAUAAUAGAGUAUUAUAUGAAAUAAGAAGUUAUUUAGCCAGUUAAAUACAGCAAAUUUUAACCAAGUUUGAAUUUGAAGAAGUUGGCUCGUAGAGCUCGCAAAGCCUUUAUGAAGGCAAAAAUCGUUUAACGUAACAUUAAAAGAAUUAAAUGUUCAAACGUUU